AUGGAUAAUGACAAUGGGGAGCGAUUUCUCCAGAUGGUGGUCCCACUGUUUUCCAGGAGUGGUGUUUGUUUUGCCUUUAUCAAAAAAAUCCCUGAAAUUGUUCUUGGCCCUGAUAUACAAGAGGUUUUGAAGGAGGGGGCAAAAAUAAGUGAUAAAAUUAUGGAUAGCACAGCCAAUGUAUUGGUAGCCAAUGGAGAAUCCUAUUCCAUGGGACUUUUUAGAUGGUUACCAUACCUAUCAGAACGAAGACAUGUGUCAAACACACCAAUUGGCAAAGUAAUGAUUGCGACCGCUCAGGUGGAGUUCACAUCAUUUGUCUAUCAAAGGAAUUGGAACACAGACUUUUUGCAUGGUGCUUUGUCUUUCAGAAUUCAAUCCAAUGAUGUCCCAGGAUUUGAACAAUUCCUUAAUACAAAACACCCUUCCAGUCCAAAAGGUGAUGGUUUUCUUAGGUCCUUCUGGCAACAGGCUUUCAGCUGUGUAUUCCCAGAUCCAAUUCUGGGAAAUUUAGAUGGGGAUAAGUGCACUGGGGAUGAGAAGCUGGAGUAUCUUCCUGGAACAUUUUUUGAAAAGAGUUUGAGUGGCCACAGCUAUAAUGUCUACAAUGCUGUCCAUGCAGUGGCCCAUGCCUUGCAUGCCAUGUCUUCCUCUGGUCUGAAGAACAGAGGAAUGGUGGCCAGGGGUGGAGUAACUUUUCAAAGCCAACUACAGUGGCAGCUCCAUUAUUUUCUGAAGCUUCUUUCAUUUAACAACAGUGCUGGGGACAAGGUUUUUUUCAAUGAGAAUGGAGAGUUAGUCACUGGAUUUGAUGUAAUCAAUUGGAUUGUGUCCUCAAACCAGUCUUUUCAAAGAGUGAAAGUAGGGAGGAUGGAUACCGAGGCAGCUCCAGGACAAGCAUUCACCAUCAUACCAGAUGCCAUAACAUGGAACAGAUGGUUUAACCAGACACCGCCUCUGUCUGCAUGCAGUAAGAGCUGCAAUCCUGGUGCUAGGAAGAAGCUGAAGGAAGGGGAGCCAUUUUGCUGCUACGAUUGCAUCGCUUGUCCCAAAGGGAUGAUUUCAGGCGAGAUUGACAUGCAUUACUGUCAUUUAUGUGAAGAUGGAAAGUACCCAAGUAAGCACCAGAAUUUCUAUGUUCCCAAGUCUGUUAACUUCUUUUCUUAUGAAGAACCUCUGGGCAUCAUUUUGACCGCUUUUGCUCUUCUCUCCUGCUUGAUCACGGCUCUGGUGCUCAGAGUAUUUCUGAAGCAUCAUGAGACACCCAUCGUCAAAGCCAACAACCGGCACCUCACCUACUCUCUCCUCAUCUCCCUGCUGCUCUGCUUCCUCUGCACACUGCUUUUCAUUGGUCAGCCCCAGAGCGUGAUGUGUCUCCUCCGACAAGCUGCUUUUGGCAUCAUCUUCUCGGUGGCUGUUUCCUGUGUGCUGACCAAGACAGUCAUGGUGGUCUUGGCCUUCAGAGCCACCAAACCUGGAAGCAAGAUGAGGAAGUGGAUGGGGAAGGGACUGGCCAACACACUCCUCAUUUCCUGCUGCCUCAUUCAGGCUGGGAUCUGUAUUGCCUGGCUGGCAACUGCUUCUCCUUUUCCAGAUAUUGACCUGCAUUCAGUGGCUGAGGAAAUCAUACUGGAGUGUAAUGAGGGAUCGAUAACGAUGUUUUACUGUGUCCUGGGCUACCUGGGCUUCCUGGCUAGCGUCAGCUUUGUGGUGGCUUUUCUUGCCCGGAAGCUACCAGAUAGUUUCAAUGAGGCCAAGUUCAUCACGUUCAGUAUGCUGGUCUUUUGCAGUGUCUGGUUAUCCUUUGUGCCUUCCUACCUGAGCACCAAAGGAAAGUACUUGGUGACUGUGGAGAUCUUUUCCAUCUUAGCCUCCAGUUCUGGACUGCUUUUUUUUAUCUUUUUCCCCAAAUGUUACAUCAUUUUGCUGAGACCUGAGCUGAACAAGAAGGAACAUCUAAUACAAAGAAGAGGUUGA